GUGGCAUAACAUUUUUAUAAUGUACGGGCGGAAGGUUAACAUUUGUUAACACAAUAGUGCUCCCCCCACCAUCCCUCUUGAGUAAAGCAGCAGAAAAGGGGGAAAGUUGAGCGAGACAGACAAAUAGGCGCGAUGUUUAUUAUCGUUUUUAAUUGAUCAUCAACAUCUGAGAUCUGAGGCUUUGUUUUGGCGGAGAGACCAGACCGAUGGGACUCGAGUGUGUCAGACAUAAUAUACGUACUUGUGUGAAUCGAGGGUUUCGUGUGAGAGAGCUUAACCUACUGCUACAACUAUGGAUGAGAACACAGUUCUGGAGGCUUUGCAGCAGCAUUUCAAGUUCGCCACAUUUAAAUCGCAACUGCAACAGAAUGCUGUUAUGGAAAUUGUCAAAGGUGAGAAUGAUGUUUUGGUUUCAAUGCCGACCGGAUCUGGGAAGUCACUAUGUUAUCAACUGCCAGCUGUGUUGAAGCCUAACAAAAUCACAAUAGUUUUCUCACCUUUACUAGCUUUAAUUAAGGAUCAAAUCGAUCAUAUGUUGGCUUUAAAGAUUAGGGCAGCUUCCUUGAACUCAAAAACUCUCAAAGCAGAGAGGGAAGCUUUGCUGAUGGACCUUAAGACCACCACCCCCAAUACACGUCUUCUCUAUAUCACUCCAGAGCAGGCUGCAACAAACACAUUCAAAGAACUCUUCAAAAAUUUAACGAAAUUCAAUAAGGUUGCGUACCUUGUAGUGGAUGAGGCUCACUGCGUGAGCCAAUGGGGACACGAUUUUCGCCCGGAUUAUCUCAAAUUGGGCGAGCUGAGAAACGACAACAAGAUUCCUGUUAUUGCGUUAACAGCGACGGCAGGGGUUGAGGUAACAAAAGAUAUUGUGAACAGUCUAAAGUUGUCAAUAGAUCAUAGAAAAUUCAAAACUUCGAGUUUUCGAAGUAAUCUGUACUAUGACGUGUUUUAUCAGAACAUAGUCGACGAUAUGUACAAGCAUUUGAAAGACUUCAUAUUGGAAUGUUUGAACUCCGAGGAGGAAAAGGAACUGCCGAAGGAGGAAAGGUCCUGCGGCAUAGUUUACUGCAGAACUCGCGAACAAACCGAAAUCAUUGCGGAGAAAUUGAAUUCUAUGGGAAUUAGGUCGCAGUGUUAUCACGCGGGUUUGAAGAAUAAGGAGAGAUUGGAUUUCCAGGAACAAUGGCAGAGCGGCGAUUAUCCUGUAAUUUGCGCGACUAUAAGCUUCGGUAUGGGCGUGGACAAAUCGAGCGUUCGCUUCGUCAUACAUUGGGGCAUUCCAAAAGAUCCUGCCUCUUACUAUCAGGAGUCCGGGAGGGCCGGACGUGACGGGAAGCCGUCCAAGUGCAGAAUAUAUUAUAAUAAAGCCGACAAAAAAGCAGUUGAAUUUCAUUUAACCCGAGAUCUUGGUAAAGCGCAAGACAACGUUUCCAAAAAAUUGAACGCUCAAUCUGCAAUGAACGGUUUUGCAAAAAUCGUCCAAUAUUGCGAAACGGUUCUGGAAUGCAGACAUAAGUUAUUCUCGAAAUAUUUCGGAGACCCGCCGCCAAAUUGCAUGAAGAAUUGCGAUAUAUGCACUAAUAGAAAAGUGGUGGCCGACAUGGUUGAGUUGUUCCACACGAAGAACAUCCAGUUCAGCACGACCCAGGAAAAUGUGGACUUUGAGGAUAUGUACGGAGGUGGACGAAAGGGACAAAACGAUGAACUUGAAAAUUACGGAAAUGAGUGCGAGUCUGAUGGUGAGAGGGAAUCCAAGGCGAAAAAGCAGACAGACGAGUUCAUUAAGAAGCAGUUUGCCAUAAGGAAGAAUCCAAAGGAAGCUUCGCAUAAUACUAUGGACAAGUUACUUCAGAAGAACGCUCGGGUUCUUUCCGCCGCAUCUACAGGUAGUAAAGUAAAGGGUCUUAGCUUAGUCAAUCGGGAGCAAUACCUGACCAAAAUCACUGACACCCUUUAUGAUAAUUACAUACAAUGCGCCACGAAUCCCCUAUUCGAUAGAAAGGACGUAGAAGAUUGUAGUGCCAAUUUGGAAUAUGGUGUGUUUUCUACCACUACUAAUAUUACAAUGUAUCGAAGCGCUUUAGCCAAACUAAUUGCGUUCAUCAAAAAGUGCACCACUGAUGGACAAAUUCACGAGGCUCUGGCCACGCACGAAGUUCAACCGGCCAAGAACGAAACUCUGUCAGAUCUCUUUAGGAACAUCAAAAAAGAUCAGACGAUACGGAAAAGAAAGCAGGAUAAUCAAGAACCUGAGGACAACAAAAAACUAAAAACUUGCUUUGUGAAAGCCAGCGAACUGAUACAGAUGGAAGUCGAACCACCGGAGGACGAAGGGGAAAACACUAUAACCAAUUACUUUAAGAAGACCAAUAUCAACAAGUUUUCCGAAUUAAUCGACUCCGAACAUAAAAGUGACCUGCAAAAACAUGAAGAAAUCGUACCAGAAAAUAAUAAAUCGAAUGAACUAGAAGUUACGAAAAGUGAUGAAUCCAAUGUGUCGAGCGUUGAUAAAGACGUAAUGCUCAAAGUCAGGGAAGAAGAGAGCGUCUCUCGCAUCGAGGAUUUAGAGCGCAAAACAGAAGAUGCUUUGCGAAGUAAAUCGAAUAACAACUGUCACGUUAAGAGCAAGCCCAAAGUAGUUCCGGUAUCAAAACCUCAACCUGUUCCCAAACCUUCUGAGAAGCCAAAAGUCGAAGGUCAAUCAACCUCUACAAAGGAUAUCAACUCGAAGGUGAAAAAACUUUUCGGAGCUGAUUCGGAUAAUGAACAGUCAGACACAAAUAAAUAUACUCCCAACAAAAUCGACGACAAAGAUAAGUCGAAGAAGUUGAACAAAGUCAAUGCUGGUGUUCUGGUAGUUAAACUCUUAAAUCCUGCCUUCAGCGAAGGCCGCUUCGAGUCCAAAGAAACCUUCAAAUCUAUAUCAAGAGCUAUUACUCAUGCAUUUAUUGGCAAAGAUGUGAACGACAUCAAAAUGUAUGUGCGAAACUUCCUGGAGAAGAACCAAGUGAUUACCUCAAAGACUGAAGUGUAAAAUAUUUAGUUGUAUGUGUAAAUAGCCGCUUCUUAGCUUCUCUUUUUCUCAAUACACACAAUAACGAACAAAAAGAAAAUCGUCAAGUUUAGUUCGCAGAAACACACUGAAAUUAAUUGAUGGAUGCCAUCAAUAAUGCAAUGCAAUGUAAGUUUAAAAAACUUAGCAAAGAAAUCCAGUCUCAAGAACGGCACUAGAUCAUCAAUAUAUUUGUAAUUAAAGAUUAUAUAUAUAAAAAUAAUUAAAGCCAACUAGA